AUGGAUUCUCUCUUACAAGCUGGUUUGGGAUCUUUGUCCCUGGCAAUCUUCCUUAUGAUCAUCAUCCCCUUGCUGUUCUUGUUGGGUCUGGUUUUUCUUGUCCAAAGAAAGUUGCCAUAUCCGCCGGGGCCUAAAGGGUUGCCGAUCGUCGGAAACAUGGGGAUGAUGGACCAGUUAACACACCGGGGCCUGGCCAAAUUGGCGAAGGAAUACGGUGGAAUCUUUCACCUCCGGAUAGGGUACUUACACAUGGUGGCCGUGUCGAACCCUGAGGUGGCGCGCCAGGUCCUUCUGGUUCAGGACAGCAUCUUCUCCAAUCGUCCUGCCACCAUAGCCAUCAAGUACCUCACCUAUGACCGUGCAGACAUGGCCUUUGCUCACUACAGUCCCUUCUGGCGACAGAUGCGAAAGCUCCGCGUCAUGAAGCUGUUCAGCCGCAAAAGAGCAGAGUCGUGGGAGUCCGUGCGAGAGGAGGUCGACGCGACUGUGCGUACCGUGGCAUCCAACACCGGAGAGCCGGUGAACAUCGGGGAGUUGGUAUUUGAACUGACGAAGAAUAUAAUCUAUCGGGCAGCUUUUGGGACGAAGUCGCACGAGGGACAGGACCCCUUGUUAUUAAAAAAUAAAUAA